UUAAUAGUGCGAGCAGGUAAAUAUAUACAUAAGUGUCUCCCCCCAACCCCCAGGAAUUUAUGGAUUUAUUUAGUCAUUUAUUUAUAUAUUUUUGUAUUUAUUUAUUUAUCUACUUAUUUUUUUGUUGUUUUUGUAGGUUUCGUUCUCCAUAUAUACUUAAAGGGAGAGAAAUAACUGAUAUUUAUUCAAUAUUGGGCUAAUACAAGAUUUUCACCUCUAGAGGGAGCCACACCUGCUAUUUUAAAAUCUGUCCCAAAUCUGAUUGCGUUAAAAAUGCGCUGAGUAGAUUGAAAACUGAUUUGAUGAAUUAAAAAAAAUGUAUUAUGUAAAUAAAAGGCUUGUAUAUGGGCUGUUUUACGAGAUUUAAAUGAUGCCUGAUAGAACGUCAUAGGUUUGAAGGCACGCGAACGUUCUAAAAGAAUGUUGACAUCAUUGCGGCCAUUCCACGGCGAACAGAGUUACAUAGCAUUUGACAGUCGCUCCUUAUCGCUUGUUAAAUCCAGUUUGUCGGUGUUUUUGUGAUAUAAUCUUCACUCCACUUUCUCAACAUGUGGUUUAACCGUCAAUCCGUGCCACGAUCUCCAGAACAUCGAGAUGUGAGCUCCUCUAAGCGUCAGAUGAACGUUUUAGUGAAAAGUGUCAGCUACUUUUUACCCUUGUCUGAUCUGAACGCCAACGCUGAGUGUCCCUCGUCUGAUCUGCCCCAUUCCUGGAGCAGCUCAGUGAGGAUGGACACAAGUGUGCCUCCCCAUCAGCAUCCUGAGGUUGUACAGGUAUGCUCAAACCUGACUCUGAAGCUGCGCCAUGUUCCAGUGAAACCUGCUGUGAAGCAGAAGUUCACUGAUGGCCAUGGGCUUCCAAAACGUCCAGGAGUGAGGUCUCUUAAACAUAUGAUGGAGGUUUCACUGGAAGACAUCAGCUAUUUUUCAUGUGAGCCUGACCUGAAUGCCACCGUUGACCAUUUCUCAUCUCCUCCGCCCCAUUCUGAGAGUCGAGAAGUGAGAAUGGAUAAAGGUACACCACGCUCAAAACUGCCUGUUCUGAAGUCAAAGUGUGUUCCUGUGAAGCCUGUCAACCAGCAGAGUUUCACAGAUGAACCCUCAGACAGGCAGGGUGUGAAUCAUUUGAAGAAAGGGAGCCAUUCAGUGAGAAUGCAUAAACGUAUGCCUCUCCGUCAUCAUCCUGUUGCUCCACGCUCAAAACUGCCUGUUCUGAAAUCAAAGUGUGUUCCUGUGAAGCCUGUCGACCAUCAGAGUUUCACAGAUGAACCCUCAGAAUGGCUGGGCGUGGGGUCGAAUCCUAUGAUGAAAGCGAGCCAACCAGUGAGGAUGGACAAUCGUACACCUCUCCGCAAGCAUUCUGUUGCUGGACUCUCAAAACUGCCUGUUCUGAAGUCAAAGUGUGUUCCUGGGAAGCCUGUCAACCAGCAGUGCUUCACAGAUGAACCCUCAGAAUGGCUGGGCGUGGGGUCUUGUGAGCAUCAGGUGAAAGUUUCGCUGGAAGAUCCUCCAUGUGAGUCUGACCUGAAUGUCAGUGUUGAGUGUUCCUCAUCUAUUCUGGCAGCGAGAGUAGGCAAAUCCCAGCAUCCAGUUUUGAGGCCACGCUGUGCUCCUGUCAAGCUUUUGGCUGGACAGAAGUGCACUGACGAGGCUCCAGAACGUCAAGCGUCCAGGUUUCCUCCUUUAGUGAACAAGGCAGAGAGGAACGGCACUGACCCUUCAUGUGGGUCUGAUUGGAAAAUUAAGCCUCACCUUUCCUUACCCAGCCUGCCACCUCUUACAAGUGGAUUGCCUGCUCUGAAACCAGCUCAUGCUCCUGUGCGACCUGCUCUUCCUUCAAACUUCAUGUUUUUUCCAUUUGAUGAUGAGGAUGUCAAGAUGAAGAGGGCUCGCUCAGUAAAAAGAAGCCCUAGUCUGCUUUCAAGACUCCACUCUGCAACCUAUUUUUAGGAUUAUUCUUGUUUUUUUGUGUCAAUAAAUGUUGUCAUGCUUAAAAUGUA